AAGACCCAGCUCAACAAGCACUCGCCCCCACCCACCACCAAAUUCAAGAAGAAGAUAGGAGGAAAAAAAAAAGAAAAAAAAAAAAAAUCUCCAUUUCAAUCUGCAGGUCGCAAAAUGGGAAUCGAAGCGGAGACCUUGAAGAACUUAACCGGCGGAUGGACUGUCGCCUCCAGGCGCUGCGACUCCUGCAAAACGGCAGCAGCUGCUCUGUUUUGUCGAGCUGACUCCGCUUUCCUUUGUCUCAACUGCGACACCAAGAUUCACGCCGCGAAUAAGCUCGUGUCUAGACACGAGCGUGUGUGGAUGUGCGAGGUUUGCGAGCAAGCACCCGCUGCUUUUGCUUGUAAGGCCGACGCUGCCGUCCUCUGCGUCACUUGCGAUGCAGAUAUCCACUCGGCUAAUCCUCUUGCUCGUCGCCACGAACGAGUACCCGUCGAGCCUUUCUUUGACUCAGCUGAAUCGAUUGUUAAAUCAUCGCCGUUUAAUUUUCUAGUGCCUACUGACCAAAAUGGUGGUCCCGAUGGACAUCAUCGGCAAGAUGAUAAUAUGGAGAGUAUUUCUUGGCUGUUGCCAAAUCCUUCUAACCUGAAUUCGAAAUUGAGCUUGGAAAAUCUUGAAAUGAAAACCGCCGGAGAUCUAUUUUUCCCUGAAAUGGAUCCGUUUCUUGAUAUGGAGUUUCAUCAGAGUCAUAGCACGGUGACAGAUAGUUUGGUACCUGUACAGACUAAACCAGCUCCAAUUCCAAUCAUCAACAAGGAAAUCUGCUACGACGUCGAUUUUUGCAGAUCAAAGCUCUCUUCCUUCAACUACCCAUCUCAGUCUCUUAGCCAAAGCGUUUCUUCUUCUUCGCUUGAUGUAGGAGUGGUUCCAGAAGGGAACUCUAUGACCGAUUUUGGCCGAAACACGAGUACUAGUACCGAUCCAAGCGCACACAUCUCGGAUUCUUCCUCAAAUCAGGCAACGCAAAUAUGUGGGAUUAAUCGGGAAGCUAGGGUAUUGAGGUACAGAGAGAAGAGGAAGAAUCGGAAAUUUGAAAAGACCAUUCGUUACGCUUCCCGCAAGGCGUAUGCAGAAACCAGACCCAGAAUCAAAGGUCGUUUCGCGAAACGAACUGAAAUUGAAUGCGACGGGGAUGGCCUAUACGACUCGUCGAUGUCUUUCUUAUCGGACGCCCAAUACGGCGUCGUUCCAUCUUUUUAAAAAACAGAUCAUUAAUGAUCAACUAAUUAAUUAUUAUGUUUUAUGACUAUGAUUAUGAUUAUGACGUUCAGUAAGAUGGUAUUAGCGUUGGAAUGUUGAUUAGGGAUGUUGGUGGGUGUAAAUUAGUGUCCUUUGUUAGUGAAUUUGCUGUAAAACGCCCAAUUCAGUUUUCUUCUAUUGGGCUUCUUCUUCACUCAUUUUCUGUUCAAUAAAAACAUUUCUUCCUUCCUUUCCAAA